UCAAUAAAUAUACCAAAGAUAAAAGAUAUAAGUUUCAAUUUUGAUUGAAACUUAUAAAAUUUCUUACGUAAAUCCAGUAUAGAAACUGAGAUAUUUAUUUAAAAAUAACGACAAACACAUUUUUUAAGAAAAUUUUUGAAAAAAAAAAAAAAAAUAUGUUUGUCUCGAUUCAAUGACUGUUUCUCCAAAAAUAAAUUUUGAAAUGUAGUAUAUACAACUAUAAUCGUAUAUAAAUAAUAAAAUUACGUAAGUGGAUGUAGCACGUGCUACAUGCACCACGUCCAAUUUCGAUGCUACGAUUUUAUCGACUGUUACAAAAUGAACAUGAUACUUAGUUCUUCUAUCGAGAAACGUGCGGCGCUAGUGUAUUGAGUGCUGAACGCGUGUUUUCAAAACGGUAUAACCUAUAAUUUAUGUUGCAACACUUGCAACAGAAAUUAUAUAGUAUAUACUAGAAAUUACUGUCAUUACAGAAACAGAUCUCUCUUUAAAAAAUGCAACAGAUAGCUGGUAAAAAUAAGCUGAUUUCGUGUGUAAAAAUUUAAAAUGCUUAAUGAUGGAAGAAGAGCCUGAAGUGAUAAAGCAUUUUUUUGGAGUGUAUUUACUAUAUUGUAUGAAUCCAAAGUACAAGGGAAGAACCUAUAUAGGUUAUACUGUAGAUCCAAACCGAAGGAUUAAGCAACAUAAUGCUGGUAAGAAGCAUGGUGGAGCUUGGAAAACUAGUAAUAGAGGACCAUGGAACAUGGUCUUAAUUGUUCAUGGAUUUCCUAACAGCACUUCUGCACUUAGAUUUGAAUGGGCUUGGCAACACCCACAUAUGAGUAGACGAUUGAAACAUAUUCCCAAGAAGAGGUCAUCACAGAAAAUGUUUGAUUUUCGUUUGAUCAUCCUAUCCGAGAUGUUAAAAAUUGGACCUUGGUGCCGCCUACCUUUGAUAGUACGAUGGUUGGACUAUGAAUUUUCCAAGAAUUAUUAUGGACGCAUAUCUCCACCAUUACACAUGCCUAUAUGCUAUGGCAAAGUCAUUAGUUCUAAAGUUAAGCAAACACAAAAAGUAAAAGAAAAUGACAUUCUAUCACAAGAAUCACAUUUGUUAGUGAAAAAGUCACCAAUGUUUUGUUCUCUUUGUGAUUCGAGUGUGAUGGAAAAAGAUUCUGUUACUUGUGUAAAACCAAAGUGCAAUUUGAUUGUUCACUUAAUCUGUUUAGCGACAGAAUUUUGCAAAGAUGGGAUGAUUCUACCGAUUGAGGGUAUUUGCCCUGCGUGCAAGUCUAAUAUCCUCUGGGGAGAUCUCAUAAGAAAAAAGAAUGGUUGUUAUCAAGAUCUUGAAGAAAUUAAUACUGAUUUUUCCAGUGAUAACGACGACGUGUAAUUACCGUAUAAAUAAUAUCUUAUAUAAUUAUUUAAAAUAAAUGCAAAUGUUUUAUCUUGUACUUCAAA